GGGCGCCUGUGAUUUCAGGCUUCAGCUGUGUGUUUUCCCAAGCCUGGUCAGCUGUGCAGUGGAGCCCAGGGUCCAGGGAUGUACAUGCAGGUGGAGACACGCACCAGCACCCGCCUCCAUCUGAAGAGGGCUCCAGGCAUCCGGUCUUGGUCCCUACUGGUCGGGAUACUCUCUACAGGCUUGGCUGCUGCCUACUACAGUGGAGAUAGUCUGGGCUGGAAGCUCUUCUAUGUGACAGGCUGCUUGUUUGUGGCCGUACAGAACUUGGAGGACUGGGAGGAGGCCAUUUUCAACAAGAGCACUGGGAAGGUCAUCUUGAAAACAUUCAGCCUCUACAAGAAGCUGCUGACUCUUCUCAGAGCAGGCCACGACCAAGUGGUGGUCCUGUUGAAGGACAUCCAGGAUGUGAACGUGGAGGAGGAGAAGGUCCGUUACUUCGGGAAGGGCUACACUGUGGUACUCCGGUUUGCAACAGGGUUCUCUCAUCCCCUUACUCAGAGUGCGGUCAUGGGCCGACGCAGUGAUGUGGAAGCCAUCGCCAGACUCAUCACUAGCUUCCUGGAGCUGCACCGCCUGGAGAGCCCCUCUGAACGGUCACAAAGCAGCGACAGUGAGCCUGAUGGUCCUGGUGGCCAGAGCUGACAGCACAGAAUGGCUGCUGGCAAGUGUCACCCACUCCUGACAUGUCGCCAACUGACUUGCCAAUUAUCAGGCUACAAGCAGAUUC